GUGAUGUGGGAUCCACCACCUACUACCCUUGAAAAUAUGCAUUAUUUAUUGUCUUCCUUUGGUGAAAGCUUCUUAACAAUAGGGAUUGUGAGUUAUUUUUUGACUUCUCAAAGACAGAGGACCUCUGAAUCCUGGGGCCUAGCAUACAUGCACUGGACAUAAGGCACCAUCCAGGUUUACUAAGGUCUGAGAGGAAAGACUUAGAUAGCUAUAUUUUGAUAAUAUAUUCUUCACCUCACCUUCCUUAUCUAUUUUGACCUUGGGCAAACUACUUCUCUGUGCUAUAACUUAUCUACCAAAUAGGGUUAAUAUUAAGGUUGUUGUGAGUAUUUAAUAGGCUAAUGUGUGAGAAAUGAUUAGAUAUGAUGCCUACCACAUGGGGAAUUCUUGGUAAACAUUAACAAUGGUGCCGUGAUGUCAUGUGUAGGUUUGCAGAAUUAUUGCUGGAAGUGGGUAUAAGCUUUCAGAGGUGACCAGGACCUCAGCAUAUCUGUAUCAAGUCCCUGCUAUGUAUCAGCUUAUGGGAGAAGACAGUGAAUUGUGGACUUGCCUCCUGAGCUGCUGUCCAGUGGAGCCAGUUCAGAAUGGGUUUUCCCAGGGAUACAUCUCUGUCAGGUUUUGGAGGUCAGAAACCUGAAAUCAAGAUGUCGAUAGGGCUGGACUCCCUCUGAAGGUUCUAAGGGUGGAUGUUCCCUGUCUCUUCCAGCUUCUGAUGCCUCCAGGCAUUCUUUGGGCAUUAUUUCAAGAAAAAAAAUAUGGUAGCAUCAAGCAUUCUCUGAAAUAUGGAUCCACUGUGAUAAUGAAAUAUGCUCUUGACCUUAGAAGCACAUCAGAAUGUAUAGAGCGGGGGAGACAGUGAAGCGGCCACUGCCCGGGACAGUACCCCCUCGGCUGCGGAGUGUUGAGGUCGCCCGAGGGAGGGCCGGCUAUGGGUUCACCCUUUCUGGACAGGCGCCUUGUGUGCUCAGCAGUGUCAUGAGAGGAAGCCCUGCGGAUUUUGUUGGUCUCCGUGCUGGAGAUCAAAUAUUUGCCAUCAACGAAAUCAACGUGAAAAAAGCUUCUCAUGAAGAUGUUGUGAAAUUAAUUGGGAAAUGCUCUGGUGUCCUGCACAUGGUGAUUGGUGAGGGCAUUGGCCACUUAGAGUCCUGUUCCAGUGAUGAAGAAGGAGGACUCUAUGAUGGAAAAGGCUGGUUGAAGCCCAAACUUGAUUCUAAAGCAUUAGGUAUAAAUAGGGCAGAGCGAGUCGUGGAGGAAAUGCAGUCUGGUGGAAUUUUCAAUAUGAUUUUUGAAAAUCCAAGUCUUUGUGCAAGUAGUUCAGAGCCCUUGAAGUUGAAACAAAGAUCCCUUUCAGAGUCAGCUGCUGCUCGCUUUGACAUUGGACAUGAAAGUGUAAAUAAUCCAAAUCCCAACAUGCUUUCUAAAGAGGAAAUAUCAAAUGUUAUUAAUGAUGAUUCGGUUUUCAGUAUUGGACUAGAAAAUCAUGAUGAUUUUGGAUUAGAUGCAAGCAUUUUAAAUGUUGCCAUGGUUGUGGGUUAUUUAGGUUCUAUUGAACUUCCUUCUACAAGCUCUAACCUGGAGUACGACAGUUUACAAGCCAUCCGUGGCUGCAUGCGACGCUUACGGGCAGAACAGAAAAUCCAUUCGCUAGUGAUGAUGAAGAUCAUGCAUGACUGUGUACAGCUGUGUACUGACAAAGCUGGUGUUGUGGCCGAAUAUCCUGCUGAGAAGCUGGCAUUCAGCGCUGUGUGCCCAGAUGACAGGCGGUUUUUUGGGCUGGUGACCAUGCAGACGAAUGAUGAUGGGAGCCUGGCGCAAGAGGAGGAAGGUGUCUUGCGGACUUCCUGCCAUGUAUUCAUGGUGGACCCAGACUUGUUUAAUCAUAAGAUCCAUCAAGGCAUUGCUCGGCGGUUUGGGUUUGAGUGCACAGCUGAUCCUGACACCAACGGCUGUUUGGAAUUUCCAGCGUCUUCUCUCCCUGUGCUUCAGUUCAUCUCUGUCCUUUACCGAGACAUGGGCGAGCUGAUUGAGGGGGUGCGGGCCCGGGCUUUUCUGGAUGGGGAUGCUGAUGCCCACCAGAACAACAGCACCAGCAGCAACAGUGAUAGUGGCAUUGGGAAUUUCAAUCAGGAAGAGAAGAGCAACCGGGUCCUUGUGGUUGACUUGGGUGGGACCUCCAGCAGGCAUGGACCUGGCAGCAGCCCUGCGUGGGAAGGUGUGGGUGGGAGGGCCUCACAGUCCUGGGGUGCCUCUUGGAAUGGGACUUUCUGCCAUGACCCUGAGGGGGGUGCCUCGUUUGAGGCUACUCCCCAGGCUGACAGGUUCCGGGAUUUAAACAAGCACAUAGAGGUCCCCCCAGCUUCCUUGCGGAGUUCAGUCCCUCCUUCCAAGCGGGGUGCUGCAGGCACUGGUUGUGGCUUCAACCAGCGGUGGCUCCCUGUGCAUGUGCUGCAGGAGUGGCCUUGUGGACAAGCUAGUGACCAGGAGUCCUACACGGACUCCACUGAUGGGUGGUCCAGUGUCAACUGUGGCACACUGCCUCCGCCCACCUGCUGACCGCUACAGGGUUGAGGGCAGCUUUGCACAGCCCCCACUGAGUGGCCAAAAAUGGGACUGGUCCAGGAAGGCUUUUGGAGUACAGAACAUUUUCAGUCCCCAUCGAAAUGUUAGAAAGACUAAAGAAGACAAAAAGGGCUCAAAAUUUGGGCGAAGUAUUGGAUUUACUCAGACUUCUCAACGCACUUCUGCUCGGAGAUCAUUUGGAAGAUCUAAGAGAUUCAGUAUUACUCGCUCCCUUGAUGAUCUUGAGUCUGCAACUGUGUCUGAUGGUGAAUUGACCGGUGCUGACCUGAAGGACUGCGUGAGCAACAACAGCCUGAGCAGCAAUGCCAGUCUCCCCAGUGUGCAGAGCUGCCGGCGUCUGCGUGAGAGGAGGGUCGCCAGCUGGGCUGUGUCUUUUGAGCGUCUACUGCAAGACCCUGUUGGUGUACGCUACUUCUCUGAUUUUCUAAGGAAGGAAUUCAGUGAAGAAAACAUUUUAUUCUGGCAGGCCUGUGAAUAUUUUAAUCAUGUUCCUGCACAUGACAAAAAAGAGCUUUCUUACAGGGCCCGGGAGAUUUUCAGUAAAUUUCUGUGCAGCAAAGCGACUACCCCCGUCAACAUCGAUAGCCAGGCCCAGCUGGCAGAUGACAUUCUCAACGCUCCCCAUCCCGACAUGUUCAAGGAACAGCAGCUCCAGAUUUUCAACCUGAUGAAGUUUGAUAGCUACACUCGCUUUCUGAAAUCCCAGCUGUACCAAGAAUGCAUCCUGGCUGAAGUGGAAGGCCGCGCUCUUCCCGACUCACAGCAGGUGCCCAGCAGCCCUGCCUCCAAGCACAGCAUCGGCUCAGACCACUCCAACGUGUCCACGCCAAAAAAGUUGAGUGGAAAAUCAAAAUCAGGAAGAUCCCUGAAUGAAGAACUGGGGGAUGAAGACAGUGAGAAGAAACGAAAAGGAACAUUUUUCUCUUGGUCAAGGAACAGGAGCACUGGGAGGUCCCAGAAGAAGAAGGAACACGGUGACCAUUCAAAUGACCCUCUCCACGCCAAUGGAGGCCUAUACCGCCGCGAGUCCCAGGGCUCGGUGUCCUCUGCAGGGAGCCUGGAUUUGGCGGAGGCCUGCCGGACCUCAGCACCCGAGAGGGACAAGGCUGCUAAGCACUGCUGCAUCCAUCUCCCAGAUGGGACAUCCUGCAUCGUGGCCGUCAAGUCCGGGCUAUCCAUCAAAGAGAUCCUGGCUGGACUCUGUGAGCGACAUGGCAUCAACGGGGCUGCCGUGGAUCUCUUUCUGGUUGGCGGGGACAAGCCUCUAGUGCUGCAUCAAGAUAGUAGCAUCUUGGAGUCAAGGGACCUGCGCCUAGAAAAGCGUACUUUGUUCCGGCUGGAUCUCGUCCCGAUCAACCGGUCAGUGGGACUGAAGGCCAAGCCCACCAAGCCUGUGACGGAGGUGCUACGGCCUGUGGUGGCCAAGUACGGCCUAGACCUGAAUGGCCUGCUGGUGAGGCUGAGUGGAGAGAAGGAGCCCCUGGACCUUGGUGCCCCUAUAUCAAGUCUAGAUGGACAGCGGGUCAUCUUGGAGGAGAAGGACCCUUCCAGAGGAAAAGCAUCCACAGAUAAACAGAAAGGUGCAGCAGUCAAACAGAAUACAGCUGUAAAUUCCAGUUCCAGAAAUCACUCUGCUACGGGAGAGGAGAGAACACUAGGCAAGUCUAAUUCUAUUAAAAUAAAAGGAGAAAAUGGAAAAAAUGCUAGGGAUCCCCGGCUUUCAAAGAGAGAAGAAUCUAUUGCAAAGAUUGGGAAAAAAAAAUAUCAGAAAAUUAAUUUGGACGAAGCAGAGGAGUUUUUUGAGCUCAUUUCCAAAGCUCAGAGCAACAGAGCAGAUGACCAACGUGGGUUGCUAAGAAAGGAAGACCUGGUAUUGCCGGAGUUUCUUCGUUUACCUCCUGGUUCCACAGAACUCAGUCUCUCCACCCCAGUCACAGCCAAAGGCUUUAGCAAGAGAACUGCAACAAGCAAUGGCAAAGAGAAGGCUACGCAGCCUGGCGAUAGGCAGGAGCCAGCCCACGACUAUAGCGACAGCCCGGUGUCCAGCCCAGCAACCAGCACUGGCUCGGCCCAUAGCCCCUCUGGGCCUCCUGGGACAACUCCACCUGGUCAGAACAGUCCCAGUGGGCCCUUCUGUGCCCCCCUGCCCCCCACCCCCCACAUGCAGGAGGGUGCUACGCAGAUCUGGAAGAGGCAGUCAAGGGAAGUUGAGGCCGGGGGCAUCCAGACUGUGGAGGAGGAGCAUGUGGCCGACCUGACCCUGAUUGGGGAGGGGGACAUCAGCAGCCCCAACAGCACCUUGCUGCCGCCACCCUCCAGCCCCCAGGACACGCCCGGACCUCCGAAACCAGGAGGUGGGGCCCGCAGAAGCCAAGGCCUCCCGGCCAACAGCAUCAUCGAUGUGGACCUCGUUGUUGGCUUGGCACCUGAGCUGGGCAGCAGUGUCCUGGGGACACGGCCGGGCCCUGGGAAGUUGAGGGUCCGUGGGCCCCUGAUGUCAGACCUCCCUGGCCUGAGCCCCACCCCGGCUGAGCCCUCUAAGCCCAAAGCCAGCACACACCAUGCAACCUUCGUCUGAAGCUCCCCUGCUGCCCACGUGUGGAGCUGCCCUAGCCAGGACGACUCUCAGACCACGUGUCUGGUGAUCCAUGGUCUCAUGUGGUUGCCUGGGCAUGUCCCCAGGAGAAGUGUCCUCGGCCUUGGAGGGGUCACCUGGGCUGCCACACUCUCAGGAGCCAAACCAAGAGAGAACAGAGGACCACACUGAAGGGAGCCCCUCGGUGUUCAGCCCUUGCCCAAUAAAGCAUGUUUGGGGACCCA